UUGGUGGUUCCAUAGCUGGUUGUGUUUGGAUUUCUCGGUUUGAUUGCUCCAAUAAGCUUAACUAUCAGCUUGAAUAAAUGUUCCUUAACCUCAGAAUUUGAUAGUAAACAAGUCGGCAAUCCAGCAUGCCCUGCAUUGUAAUCUCAGGUUACCCUGCCAGUGGGAAAACAUACCAGACUAACAAAUUGAAGGAAUAUUUCGAAGGACGUGGUAAAAAGGUGCAUGUAGUAUCAGAAAAUAAAGCAAUCCCGAAGGCAGGUUUCACUAAAAAUGAGUAUUUCGCGGACUCACAGAAGGAGAAACAGGUUCGAGCUGAUCUCAUGUCGGAGACUCAUCGGCUUUUGAACAAGGAUGAUGUCGUUAUUUUAGAUGCUGGAAAUUACAUUAAAGGAUAUCGUUACCAACUGUAUUGCGCCACUAAGUCUAUAAGUGGCAAUCAAUGCACUGUAUUUUGUGCAAUACAAAAGGAAAAAGGAUGGGAAUUCAAUUGCCAGCGUACCCGUGUCGAGGAAAAAGACGAGAAAGGUGACUUACAUUUGGACAAUUCUGAUGUUCCCUAUACAAGAGAAAUAUACGAUGCAUUGUGUAUGCGAUAUGAAGAACCACAUGGGAACAAUCGAUGGGAUAGCCCCCUUUUUGUAGUAUUCCCAGGCGAUGAACUAGAUGUGAAAGGAAUUUACGGUGCAUUAUAUGAGAGUAAGCCGCUGCCGCCUAAUAAAUCAACAGAAAACCCUCCACUAAGUGAUACCAACUAUUUAUAUGAGUUGGAUAAAAUAACGCAAAAAAUAGUUAGCGAUAUAACUUCAGCUAGGAAAAUAGGUAUUAUGGGAUCAGUCCCUGUGCAAGGAACAGCCGUCAAAGUAGAUGUCCCCGAUCAAAUGAAUGCUGCACAGUUGAAUCGUUUAAGACGACAAUUCCUUACGUAUAGUAAAAUGCAUUCAACUAGUACCACUUUAGACAAGGUGCCGCAAUUGUUUGUACAAUAUUUAAAUUCGAAUUUCAAUAAGUAAUUGAAAAUAAAGAAAAUACAAUUACAAAAGAAUUGUAAGAAAAGUUAAAAUUG